CAACAAGUGCUCGGAAGAGAUUAAAAGGAGAAUAGGAACGCUGAAGCACGUUUGGGGCAGCAAGAAGCUGAGUCUUGACAACGUGCGUCUUCAGCGUUCUCUUGUACGCAUCUGAAACGUGGACGCUGAAGGAAAUUAGGACUGUUCGGUGCAGAAUGAGAGAUAACAGGCUGAUCAAACAUGUUCUAUUUUCACAAAUAGACGGAAAAUCUCGAAGAGGACGGCCGUGCAGAGAGUGGCUCGAUGACAUAACGGAAUGGUGUCAAUUUAGUGGACAUGACUUGUUCCACCUUGCGCAAGAUAGACGGGCAUGGAAAAAUCUGAUUCCGUAAAUGGUUGGACCCAACGGGCGCCAAGCCUAUGGGAUAUGAUGAUGAUGAUGAUGAUGAGUACUAUGCGUGAAGUGCAAGUACAAGUACCAAGCAAUCUUCGACAACUCCGUCAAACGCCAUUCAUUUUCCACAUAUUGGUAUAAAACAAGUUUUGAUCUCACGAGUUUUCCAGCAACGUUUUUUAUGUGAAUUGUUUCAGUCGAGAAAGAUCAUAUUUUAG